CUGAUCGUACCUACGUAUUCAUCGCAUCCUUCCAUUAUCUAUCUACUCCGUAUCCCUUUUUUGAUCGCAUCCGAUGGAUGGUUCCCCUCCCAGGCUCAUCUCCUCCGUCCUUACGGAGUACUGGGACCCCUCCGACUGCUCCGUUCCCGCCACCCACGGAUCGAAAUGGCCGUUACCCCUCGAUCCAUCCCCUCGAUCCCCUCCAACCCCCUCCUCGCUCCCCUCUCAGACCCCUCCUGGGCAAUCAGCUCGCCAGGAUCACCGUCGGUAACCCCUACGUAGACCAUCCACUAGUGAUUUG